CUGUAAUUGUUUAUUGUGUAAAAGUUUAUUUCAGUAUGUAAUGACAAUGAGUAUAGCUCCUACAAAGCAUAUUGUUUUCCAGAUGUUAUAUGCCUUUUGUUAAUCUCGGAAGCAGAUAUUGUCAGUAAACUGAUGUGAAUGGGCAUGACCAUAGGGCAUGACGCAUCAUUCAGGAACUACUCUCACUGCUGAACUAGUGAAACACAUCGCUGUUCCGCUAGCUCGUAUACUUUUUCUCAAGAUACAAAUAAAAGGAUGUCAGAGAUGAGUUCAAUCCAGGAAAGUUUACAGUCAAAACUGGAUCAGCUGGAGUGUCACUUCACUUGGGACAUUAAAAAAGAGGAUCUCGCCUUGACAAAUAUCAUCAACAGGCUUGAGGAACAGGUCGAGUUGGGUCUAGGGAACCAGCAGGGAGUUGCACGAACUCACUGCUCUUUAGGAUAUGUGAAAUUCCUUAUUGGGCAUAAAAAAAGGGCUCUUACUCACCUGUUGAAAUCUGAGACACUCAUUAAAGAAAACCUGGGGAUCAACUGUGACAAGACUCUCAUUGUCACCUAUGGGAAUUUUGCCUGGAUAAACUACCAUAUGAAGAACUACGCAGAAUGUGAAAGUUACCUGAUGAAGCUUCAGAAGAUAAAUGAAACACUUUCAAUCGAGCCUUCAUCUGUUUCUGAAGUGCUUGGUGAGAAGGGAUGGGCCUAUCUUAAAUUAUCUCACAAAUAUUAUGAAAAAGCCGCAGAAGUUUUUCAGAAGGCUGUGGAACUGGAUCCAGAAAAUAGCGAAUGGAACACCGGUUAUGCAAAAGCUCUGUAUCGCACCGAACCAGGCACAUAUUGCACUGUGGAUUCACCUGCAAUCAAGCAGCUGAGACAGACCAUUGACAUCGAGCCAGAUGAUGAUUCCUCUAGAGUUCUUCUAGGACUUAAACUUUACUUAUGUUCCAAAGAGUUGAAGAAUGAGUCUGAGAAACUGAUGGAGAGAGCUCUGAAAGGCUCUCCAGAAAAUCCACAUGUCAUAAGAUAUGUUGGGAAGUACUUCAGGAAUCAAGGAUCUGUAGACAGGUCAAUUGAACUGCUGAGCACAGCACUUGAAACCUCACCAAACUCAGCCUUCAUACAUCAUCAGUUGGCAUUGUGCUACAAGACCAAGAAAAUUGAUUUACAGAAAGAACAAUGGGAAGGAAAUAAGUUUGAGGUAAAUCAAGCACGUGAUCAGUGCAUUUACUAUUUAGAAAAGGCAACUUCUCUAAAAGCUUCCUUUGUCUUUGCCAUGAGUGACCUCGCACUUCAAUACGGGGAGAAACAUAAUCUGCCCAAGGCAGAGGAACUGUUUGCCAGAACAUUUAAAGCAGCUAGAGAGAAUAAUGAUGGUGUGCAUGUAGUACAUUAUUACUAUGCUGAGUUCCAACAGUACUGCAACAGAUGCAAGGACUUAGCAAUCAAACACUACAAGGAGUGUUUGAAAAUCAGUCCACAAUCUAGUGAGGGGUGUAGAAGUGCAAGGAAACUGAAAAACAUUGCCCAGAGAUAUAUCAAGUAUGACCCAGGUGAUUGGAAGGCCAAUGAAAUACUGGGAUUCCUUUAUAAAAUGAAAGAGGAAAUGUUCGGGGACACCAAGAGCUAUGCAGCCACUUCAGACAAUGAAGACGAUGAUGAAACCCUCAGCAAUCUUUGUGAGAUUAAUUGCAAUAUAUAAACGUUCUACAAAGAUGCAUAAAUUAGUUGCAAAAAAAAAAACAUAUAUGUGCACAGAAAACAUGCACAUAAAUAUGUUACCCUUGUGAUGAUGUUGAUGAAUCCGGUCAAUGCCACAUGACAGAGCGAGUCCCUGCAGCUAGGAAUUUGCAUGAAAUGUCGUCCACGUAAGGCCUUUCCAUACAGUCUCACAUCUCUCCUUUUCUUGAUAGUUUUUCCUCUCUCAUCUUUUAGUGUGACAUUCUCAAAAUCAGUUAGAGACAAAAAACUGUUUUUAUAUAGUCGUAUAAUUGGGCCUGCAUUUUGUCAUGGAUACAGAAUACUUUUUGUCACCUCUGAAAUGUAAAUUUUUACCUAAAAGAUCUGUAUGAUUUACUCCGUUGUCUUACAGUCUUUCAGAAUAAAACCUAAUACUGUCUUUUAAAUUGUAGAAUAAAUAAAAUGUAGUGACGUGUAUAUAUAUAUAUAUAUAUAUAUAUAUAUAUAUAUAUAUAUUCAAAGGAAUGGCUCUAAUAAAAAAUUAUCUAAUAAAAAAAAGAGCCUCUCCUUUGAACUUUGUACUGAAAUAAAAUAAAAUUAAGGUCACCCGGAAGAAUUCUUCUCAUAAAAAACAACUAUAAAAACUAAUGUGCAGACUUAUUAGUCUUGUUACAUUGAUUUUGCAGUUAUACUUAAUUUUUGGGAAACUGUAUGUCAGGUGUUUCAGGUGUUACAUCUUCCAAUUAUGUUUUACUCAACUCUUCUCUGUAUUAGGAUUUCAGUUUCCUUCCCACUUAAACAGUCGCUUUUUUUAAAGGUCAUUAUGCUGUUUCUUUUAAAUGUCAUUUUGAUGCAUAUGGUGUUGAGGAAUGAGUAGUUUCAUCAUCUGUCAUUGUAUAUUGAAAAUACUGGAAUACUGGAUGUGUAAGUGCAAAUAUAACUUGUGUUGGCAUGUAAGCUUUACUUUUUAUAGCAUUAAACUUGUAAUACUUCAUCACAUAAACUAUCUGAUUGCAGGAAACAUUAGAACUCAUAUGAAAUAAAAUAUUUUGUUGUGCAAAUUUA